AUGGAGCGUUCUGUUAUGAGUGUAAGGCAAUACUUGUCAAUAACCUUCUGUGACAUCCUUCUCCUGUUCCUUUCUUUGUCAAUUCCAAAAGUUUCCACGGCUACCACAUUUUCAAACGAGACUGACAAACUUGCACUGCUUGAAUUCAAGUCCCACGUAGAUCAAGACCCCCUUAAUGUCCUGGCUACUUGGAAUGAGUCUUUCCAUUUUUGCCACUGGCUUGGGAUCACCUGUGGCAACAAACACCAAAGAGUCAUUGGUUUGGACCUAAAAGACAAGAACAUGGUUGGCACCAUAUCACCCUACAUUGGAAAUCUUUCUUUCCUUCGAUCCCUCAACCUUGCAAUUAACUCCUUUUAUGGUCGAAUCCCCUCGGAAGCUGGUCAUUUGAUCAGGCUUCAGAGUUUAAACCUGAGUUCUAACUCAUUGGAAGGAGAAAUUCCUGUCAAUCUCUCUCACUGUUCCAACCUUAUGUAUCUUGGUCUCCAGUACAACCAUCUAGUGCAACAAAUACCAUCUGAACUUGGCUCUUUGUCCAAACUCAAGAAUCUAUAUCUUGCCAAAAACCAGUUAAGUGGAAAGUUCCCACCUUCUCUGGGAAACCUGUCUUCUCUCCAACAUCUUUGGUUUUCAUAUAACAAUUUGGAGGGAGAAAUUCCAGAUACAUUAUCCCAGAUGAUAAGUUUGGAAACUUUUCAAGUAGGCAAGAAUAAUCUUUCUGGUGUGUUUCCACUUUUCCUUUACAAUUUUUCAUCAAUCAAAGUCAUUUCCUUGGCUUUCAACAACUUUUCUGGUGACCUCAGGCCUGACUUAGGCAUUACACUUCCAAAUCUUCAAAAGCUUGCUAUGGCAGGAAACAAAUUUACAGGAAGCAUUCCAGCUGCAUUGUCCAAUGCUUCAGAUUUUCAAGAAAUUGAUAUCCCUAUGAAUUAUUUUACUGGAAACAUACCUAUGGAGUUUGGUAAUCUACGAAAUCUUACAUGGCUUAAUGCAAACAUGAAUCUUCUUGGAAAUUAUUCAGUUGACGAUUUGAGUUUUCUUAGACCUUUGACCAAUUGCAGCCAGUUACAGACGCUCGAUAUCAGCUACAACCGGCUUGGAGGUGAGCUGCCUGAUGCGAUAACAAACUUCUCAACCCAAAUAACAUGGCUACAGUUAGGAGGGAAUUUGAUUGGGGGAAGCAUACCUAUGAAGGUAUCAAAUCUAGUUAGCCUAACUCAACUUGGUCUGGAACAGAAUUUGUUAACGGGAAAUAUUCCAGUUUCAAUUGGUGAGCUCUCAAACUUGAAAAGAUUGAAGCUUGCCACCAGAAGUUGGAAACCUGAACACUCUUGUUUACCUAGAUGUUUCAUUCAACAAAUUUUCCAAAGAGAUUCCCGCGGAACUAGGGAUUGUUUGGGGUUGGAAGCACUUUAUGUGCAAGGGAACUUCUUUGAAGGAACCAUUCCAGAUUUAAGUAAGUUAAGGGGUAUUCAAUAUCUUGAUCUUUCCCACAACAACUUGACUGGCCAAAUUCCAAGCUAUAUGGUUAGUUUUUCCAUGUUGAUAAACUUGAAUCUGUCUAUCAACAAUCUUGAGGGAGAGGUGCCCAUACAGGGGGUCUUCAGAAAUGCAACUGCAAUUGAAGUAUAUGGCAACAGUGGGCUUUGUGGGGGAAUCCAAGAGCUGCAAUUGCGCGCAUGUUCCAAUAAGCAUAGAAAUCGUGUUCUUUUUAAGUUGAUUCUAGCAAUAGGCAUUCCUGCUUUCUCCGUGGUGGUGUUGUCUUUGAUUUCCCUGUGCUGGUUGAGAAAGUCGAUAAAAAAUGUCUUCCCACGUCUACCUUUGGGCACUACCUUUGGGCACUUCUACCAAAAGAUUUCUUAUCAAGAACUACUCAAUGCAACUGAUGGAUUCUCUGAGAUGAAUUUAAUUGGUUCAGGUAAUUUUGGUACUGUCUAUAAAGGAAAGCUUGGUCUCGAUGAAGUCAGUGUUGCAGUCAAGGUACUCAACCUAAAAAAGAAGGGAGCGUCCAGAAGCUUCAUCGCUGAAUGCCAAGCCUUAAGGAGCAUCCGGCAUCGAAACCUAGUUAAUAUUUUAACUGCUUGCUCAAGUAUUGACUGGGGCCAAGAUUUCAAAGCUUUAGUAUAUGAGUUCAUGCCAAAUGGGAACUUGGACAUGUGGUUGCAUCCAAAAGAUGGGCUCAAGCAGUUGAGAAAUUUAAGCCUUCUUCAGAGAGUAAACAUUGCAAUAGAUGUGGCUUCUGCUUUGCUUUAUCUUCAUCAUGAAUGCCAUAUACCGAUUAUUCACUGUGAUUUAAAGCCAAGCAAUAUUCUUCUCGAUGAUGAUAUGACUGCUCGUAUAAGUGAUUUUGGUUUGGCACGACUCCUUUCAGAAUCGAGUAAGCAUGCUUUUCCUAGUCAAUUAAGCUCAGCUGGGAUUAAAGGAACCGUUGGGUAUGCUGCUCCAGGUACUGUUUCAUGA